AACGUCUUAUUUUGUGCAGCUUGUUCCCGCGGUGGCGUCAGUGUGGCCGCGUGGCCGCCGUAGUUGCGGGUUCAGCGCUUCUGCUGCUCGCCAUAUUCCUGCUAGCGAGGAUUCCUUACUCAUCCAAUGACGUUCUACAGCCAGACAUGUAUGACCUGCCUUCGGACGAUGCCUUCAGACCUGCAGCCCUGCAGAGUCAUCUUGCAGACCCUGCUGCCCUGCAGAGUCAUCUUACAGACUCAGAAAUGCAGCAGAUGCAGCUGGAGGGAAGGGAAGGUCUGAGACCGCCCCCAGAAUCGGAGAUGUUCUUGCGGGACUUGGCGCGGCGCCGGAACGUGAUGCUGCAUCCAGAACUCGGCGUCCCCGUUGACGAAGAAUACGUAAAGUUGGAGAAGGAAAGGAGGGUCAAACUCGCCCAGAUGAGGGCGUUAGCAAAGACCAAAACUUAUAGCGAAGUGCUCCAGAAGGUCCAAGAAACUGUGGAAAAUGAGCGCCGACAGAUGAAAGAUAAGGAAAAAUUCUGGGCCAAAGACGUAACACCUCUUCGAAUUCUGCUAGUAUCCACUUGGCGUUCUGGGUCGACAUUCCUUGGACAAGUUCUUCAACAACACCCAGGCGUUUUCCAGCACUAUGAACCGUUCAGUUACGCUGGCGUGAGACAAAUUCGAUCAGGAACUGAAGCUUUCCAGUCACAGCAGUUCCUCCAUCGUCUGCUGGAGUGUAGGUUUAGUGGACAAGAUACCUACCUGAACUACACCAGGCAACACCCGCUCGACAUGAUCGGCCACAACAAGAGGAUAUGGGAACCCUGUAGCAAAAUGCAUCGUGUGGACCUCUGCUCGAACGAAACGUUCCUGACAGAAGCUUGUAAUAUGUUCCCUAUUCAGUUAGUGAAAAGCGUUCGUCUUCGUCUGAAUUUGACACAACUUUUCCUGGGGGAAACACGUUUGAACGCUAAAGUAGUUUUCCUCAUCCGCGAUCCCAGGGCUACGGUGAACUCGCGGAAGUCGUCGGUUCGAUGGUGCGACGACAGUCCCGACUGUUCCUCCGCUGACGUGCUUUGUUCGGACCUAAAAGAGGACCUGAAAGUUGCCGCAGCCCUCGAGCGUCUCUACCCUACAAGCUUCACGAUGGUUCGGUACGAGGAUAUAGCCAACGACCCUCACACUCAAAUAAAGAAACUGUUUGAGUUCUUAGGAAUGUUUUACUCAAACGAAAUGGCGAACUUUGUUUCGGAGCACACCGAGUCGGAAGUUGAAAAGCCUUGGAGUAUCGCCAGAAAAUCUGCAGCGAGGGUUUCGAGAUGGAAGGAGAAUUUGAAACCUGAAGUUAUUGAUGAAAUAGAAAAAGCGUGCAGACCUGUCAUUGAAAAGCUUAAUUAUGACUUUGUUGGAGAGAAAUAAAAAUUCUGAAGUAACAACUAACUCAAAAUUUCUCGAUCAUCAUUGCUUUGAAAUGUGGAUGUAAUAUUUUAAUGAAGCGUGCAUUUGAAGAAAAGCUAUGCAAGUGCCAUUCAUUCUUGUAUGAUGAAUUUUUUAUUGAAUUAUUCGCGCGAAUAUAAUACUGAUAUAUAAUUUUCGACUACACCUCACAUAAUAAACUAAAAUAAUCCCACAAAAAUAGAGGUUAGAGUAUAUUGACUUAUGGAAGUUACCAAUUACGUAUUCUUGCUACGUUCCGACCGUCCAUUAUUAUUAAGCGCUGUAUACUGCUGCUUUUUGGUCAUUGUCUGUCCAAUACGGGAAAAGUUAUAAUUCUAAUACCAAUUAAAUAAUAUAUGAUUAUAUCACAUUAUGAAAUAAUCAAUACCAGAAUGAUAAGAAACACGGAACUAUUAAUGAAUGUUAUCCUAAAUCUUUUUCCGAACUUGGCAGGGUGAAAAAUGUUCAUUGCAUUGCGUAAUGGAACAUCAAUAAUGUCCAUUGGUAUACAAAAUAUGUAAGAAAGUUUGUAUUAGAAUGACCAAUAAUCGUAUCAAAUUUACACUAUAUGAUGAUGGAAAAAACCUUUUAUGUAGUUUAAACCACGUGAUUUGAUGCUCACGAAUAAAUUUAAAAAAAAACGCAGAUUGCAAACAAGGCAAUUUAUACCAUAAAACUUUUUGUACGAAU